UGGUCCAAAGUUCAAUGUCGACCGGCACCAAGAGACAGGGACACACUCAGACAGACUGAACCAGUGGAGAGAGAAGAGACAGAGAAGUCCAGAGGAAAAGAGAAACACAUGAAAUCCUCUGGAAGGAGGCAGGACUGAAGGAAACCAGUACAGCCCAGAUACACACAGCUCUUGGUUCUGAGAGAGAUGGACAUCCUUGAAACAGCCGCCUAUGACCGAAGACAGCGCAGGAACACGUACUGUGUUCUGCUACUCUCUCUCUCGCCGUUCUUCCUGGCCAUCGCUGUCUACUUCUAUCUGUGGAUCCCUGACUCCUCCCCCUCCAUCCUCGCUGCGGCUAUUAAGGCCGCCCCUGUCAUCUCAUUGGCUCUCCUGGUGCUGAGCUACAAAGGGGGGAGGAGUCUCCUCGGCGUGGCGGGGGGCCUGAUCUUCUCGGCAGGCGGAGACUGUUGCCUUAUAUGGCCCGAGCUGUUUCUCCAUGGAAUGGCCUCCUUUGCCUUGGCCCACCUGCUCUACUCCCUCACCUUCCUCUCCACUCGUUACUCCUCCCCCAGCUCCUCCUCUUCCUUGUCCUACUUCUUCUGCCUGCUCCUGUGGCUGCUGGGGGGAGGCCUCUACGCUUACCUCUUCCCUUUCCUGCAGAAGACGCCGGACGCGGCCGCCCUGACUCCCGGCGUCGGGGUGUACGUGGCUCUGAUCGUCCUGAUGGCUACGCUGGCGGUCCGCACCCGCCGACCGCUGAUCAUGCUGGGCAGUUUGAUCUUCAUGACCUCUGACCUGACGCUGGCGCUGCAGACCUUCAAAGUGACAGAGCCCCUGGAGCACGGCAGGCACAUCGUCAUGACGACGUACUACCUGGCGCAGCUGCUGAUCGCCGUGGGUGACAUCAAGGCCGCGGAGGGCGGGGAUGAGUUUGCCAAAUGGAAGAAAUCUUAGUUAAGGGGUUAUGUCAGAUAGGGGCCAGGUCCCAAUUUUCCACCCUGCUCCCGAAGUGUACAAACAACUGUCCCCUUCUCACAUGGACUUUACAAUGGUGGAAACUCCCUCCAGCCAAUGCCCACUUAUACUAAGCUCAUGCUUUUAAAUCAAUGACAGGGAGUGUUCAAGUGCACAAUUCUGGAAAAGGGUGGAGAAUCGGGACGUUGCCAUGGAAAGCAAACUGGGGACUACCGUUCUCUGACGAGUCGGCAGCUAUAGGAACUUCAGGCUGUUUGUUGAGACGACACUGAGGCAGAAAGAAGUUGAAAAGGGAAGAUUCCCCCCCAUAGAAAAUCCUCUUUUUAUUAAACUAAACCUCCGAGUAUCAGGACAGUCUGUCCGUUUGUUGAGAAAGCUCAGGGAUGGGAAACAUAACCACUGCCCAAAUUCAGACAGCUCCAUGCAAGGACUGAGAUUGACAUGACAGUAUUUUCCAAAGCCCAGAAUAAAGUUAAAUUUAGUGAAGGAGAAUGAUAUUUCUAUGUCU